AGCCGGUUGGGGAAUGGGAAUAGACCGUCUCACUAUGUUCUUGACUAACAGCUCUAAUAUCAAAGAGGUUCUUUUGUUCCCGGCCAUGAAACCAAUUGAUGAAAAACCAGCAAUUACAGAACAUAAACCAGACACUACAAAAAAUAAUGUAGA